GUGCAGACUGUCCAUCCUCGGUUUUUUCCCCCUCCUGAAUCGAGACCACGAUCCAAAAAAAAAGUCCUCAGCUGCUCCAUUUCCAGCACCAUCACCAAGCAACCGCGCACGCUCCAAGCAACCCACUUGGUACCACCGAAGCUACACCAUUUUUCGCCUCCAGCUUCUCUCCAUCCACCCCCUCCCCUGGCCUACAGGCCUACAGGCAUCGCAGGCUCCUCCUUUGCAGGCUCCUCCUCAGCAACUCAACUUAGACUAGAAGGCACGGGAUUCCCGUGCUGCUACCUAUAUAUCACGAUGGCGAGACCCUCCUCCUCGGCCACGUCCCAUCUCCUCAAGAUCUCUCAAGACAUCAUGGCUCAUCUCUCUCCCGACUCCGGCCCUCAGGCCAACCGCCCUCGUGCCGGCAGAACUGGACUUGACAUCAAGAUCGAGAACCACUGGACCUCCAAGGCUUACACCUCGGGCUCCACCAUCAACGGCCAUGUCGUUGUCAACACCCUGCGCGACGUGCCCUUUGAUGACCUGGAGAUUCAAUUCACCGGCACCGCUUACACGCGCGUUGACUUUGUCAACCAGUACGCCACCUAUGCCUCGCGACCCUUUAUGAAGCUGCGCAUGCCCAUCCGCGCCUCAGACUUCCCCGACCCUCGCAUUUUCGAGGCCGGCCGCACCUACACUAUCCCCUUUCACUUUGUCGUUCCCCACCAGCUGACUCUCAGCGCGUGUUCCCACCACGUGGACAACCCGGCUGUGAGGGAUGCGCACCUGAGACUCCCUCCCACCAUGGGCUUGUGGGAGGUCAACGACCAGGCGCCCGAGAUGGCUCAGGUCGAGUACUCCAUCCGCGCCGCCGCCUUCCACGACGGUGCCAUGGCUCUCGAGGGCUUCCACCUGGUCAAGGUUCUGCCGUCGCUCCCUGAGGAUGCUCCCCUCGAGAUCACCUCCAACGACGAGAGAUACCAGCUCUCCAAGACGAAGACUAUCCGCAAGAACCUGUUCUCUGCCAAGCAGGGCAAGCUGUCAGCCACGGCUGUCCAGCCCAGUGCCAUCAUGCUCUCUGCCGAUGGCCUCCGCGCAAGCGAGUCGUUGAUCAGGGUCAACCUGGACUUCGACCCGGCGACUCCCAAUGCUGUUCCCCCCAAGAUCAACUCCGUCACUGCCAAACUUCAAUCCACCACAUUCUUCAGCAACGCCCCCAUGAACCACCUGCCCAACAUGGGUUCCCGAGUCAAGUACCAGUCCAGCCCUUGCCUCACUUACUCGACCAACACCGCAAUUGCCAUCUCUCCCAUCGACACCGUCUCUUGGCAGCAGGAGUCGGAGUUCCAACGUCGCGACUCAGGCUACUCAAGCAGCGCUUGGGCUGAGGAGGAAUCAUCCGACUCUGAUUCCCACACCCACAGCAACACGUCGGCCAAGUCUCCCAACCGACAGGUGUCAGCACUCGACAUCCCUUUCACGCUGCCCAUGGGCAACAAGAAGUUCUUCCUGCCUACUUUCCAGUCGUGCAUCAGUGGCCGGUCCUAUUUCCUCAACCUCACCCUUUCGGUGGGACCCUCGAACACCAACUUCAACCUUGUUGUUCCCCUGCAGAUUGGUGUGGAGAACAUCUACGACCUACCACAGGGUGAUCUGCCUUCCUUUGAGAGCGCCAUGGCCGAGGCUGAGCUGGAGGCGGCCGACUUCCACCUCCAGCCACGCACGAUGCAUGUCCCAUCGGAGCAGUACCAGCAAACCAGCACCCUCCCUGGUUACGACGAACUGCGAAGGCCUACUAUUACAGCGGCCUAAGAAAUCCCCAAAAUUGAACGAGAGAGUAAUGGACUCUGCAGGAGUGUAAUCAAUAAUAAUGGACGAGGCAUAAUAAUCAUAUUCAGCAAAGCGAUGAUUGGAGAAGGACACGGAAACUUACGACUUGUUUUGGGUUUCUGCUGGACACGCAACGGAUGAGUUUGCUGAGCGAGGAGUUUUUGUGGGUUUUGGAACUCUUUACCAUUUUCUUGUCAAGACUUAUGAAGACUAUGUUUGUCUUUGGGUUCACUACGAUGUUGGCACGGAUAUGGACAUACAGGAUGGCAUGGUUCGGGGAAACAUAAAAGAGAUACCUUCAUUUAUAAGCAAAUUUAUUCUAUGAAC